AUGGGCGCAACACGCGAUACCGCAAGGACGCUUAGCAUGGUCGUAUCCUCACUCAUCCUGAUGUACCAUGCCACAACAGCAUACCUAUGCACCUUUCUCACCAGCGACCCGCUGUAUGUGUCCUUCAGCGUGACUGCAUAUGCCUGGUAUGGCUGCGUUUUGGCUAUGUUGGGAAUCUACGGCUCCUUCAAGAAAUCACCCACACACCUGACAAUCUUCUCCAACCACUUGCUCAUAGACACGAUCCUCUCCCUCGUUCCCAAAAUUGGCUUGGUCUACCUCUUUCACGACGUUACUUCCGAUCUCUGCUUCACCAGUAAACUCAACACUUCGUUCUGGUUCCCGUCCACCACCGCCGACCUGCACGGCCCAGGCCGUGUCAUCCAGACUUCAUCUCCUGAACAAACCCUUGGUGCGAGUAUAAAGGCUCGCCGCCAUUGCGAGACAGACGUUCUCAUAGCUCAAAUUGCCUUCGGCGCUGUUCUCGUCUUCUGGACAAUUGCUCAGUGGGGUAUGGGGUUGAGUGUGCGUCGAUACGCUCUCAAGCUAGAAUUGCACAACCACCAAGCCGACCAAUGCGUGGACGAAGAGAAGGCUUUUUACAAGGAGGAAAGUCUUGCCGAUGAGUAUGAGGAUGCUGUCAAAAAUGUUCAGCGAUGGACACGAGGAGAGAAAGACAGCGCCACUUUCAUCGAGGUUGCUGAAAAGCCCUCCUGA